CGGGAGUGGGGAAAUUCAGGCCCCAGCAGUAUCCAUACCACAGAGCGGGGAUACAAAAGACACACAGAUGGAAUGAGCGCAACUCAAUAGGCUCUCAUAAGGCUGCCACACAACAGCGCCACAAAGAAAGCCAGAAAGUGCGAAAGAUAAAAAUUUGCUUCCCAAUUCUCUGCCGCACCUGGGAGGGACGGAGUGCGACCGUAACAGUCGACGGCGUUCAAAUGGGUUGGAUGUGUUCGAAUGACAACGACACGGGGCUGCUUUGAAGAAAUCUCCGCCGCUCGAACUUAACUCGAUCGGCUCUCGGCGGACUUCCGCAAGUUUAAAGCAAAGAGUCAUCGAAUGAAUCAAGGCGCCUAGCAUGCUCAUGAAACUCGUGCCGCACCUCCCGCGCGAUGUAGAGUAACUCGGUCCCUCAUCCUAUUCGGCAUUUGAACCUACUAGUGUGGAUUACUUGGCGCUAACGCGCUCAAUCUGACGCUUUUCAAUAAGGCCUUGGUGGGUGGGUACGUGCGUGCGGCCGCGCGUGUGAGUGUGUGAAGGGGGUCAUGUGACCAUGAUGUUUCACUUGACAGUUUCGCAGCUGUAAAAACAAGUUUUUUUUAAAAAAAUUGAAAUGUUCACAUAUCUUUCAGCGCACGUGCACGUUGUUUUCGAACAUUCACUUUGGACCUGCUACAAGUGUCCCUCCUUUUUUUUCUUUCGGCUGUCGACACCCCCAUUGUGUGCACUUCCUUCAUGUCCUGUGAGCACUUGACAGGCCCUUGCAGUUUGCCACCAGACUCAACGUGAUUUCAAACUGGUCCACUUGAAAAACGGCCUUAGCCACAGGCUGCAACAUCCAUGCAAAUCGAAUGCAACCGUGGUAGACGAUGCGGACGCGGCUGCACACCUUUCUCACCAGACGUGAGAUUGGUGGUCGGUGAGGCACCGACAGUCCAGUUGGUUUUGCCCCAAAGCAAAUUGUGUGAUUAUGACGUGUAGGUUGCCAGCAAACGAUUUGGGUACCAACCGACACCAAGAUAAAUGAGAAUGAUGUUCAGCCAUCUGUCUUGUUCCGAUUUGCUACAUUUGCUGUCUCUUCCCACGAGUAACGAUUCACUUACCCGCGCACAAUUUGUGAGGACUCUCACGCAGUCGCAAAUCACACAGUAUUAUUUCCCACUCACUCGCAAAACUGAUUUGGUUCCUGUUGUGACAGAUUCGUUACUUGCUCAAAUCAUUUUUUACUUUUUGUGUUUCCUCGGGUUGGAGUGUUCUCAAGUGAGAGCUGACUUGAGUAUAAUUUGAGGCGAGAGCGGCACAACGAAAGUGAUUUUUUUCUUUAUUUUGCAGACUAAGGGUAGAAAUCCCGUGUGUGUGUGCGUGCUACAUUUUUUGGACAGCCUACAAGCUGCAGAGAAAUCUGAGCUGCUGUUGCAACACUCAUGUGCGUGUGCGCGCGCCUCUUUGGAGGCCCCACCCUGUUCGGAGGAAUCCCGCCAAUCACAGGAAAAAGAAGGAUUACAAUUUCAUCAUGCGGACGGGACUCGGCAUGUCGCUUAAAGCAGCCGAGCUUAACGACUCACCUGACCCGCCAAUGAGCUGGCGGCUCCAUCGCUUGCAUAUUUUCUCGUUAACGCGCUAGGCAGACGACGGCCCGUUUCGUGUUAUGGCCGUUUGUCGGUGCCACAAAUAGUACCGUAUUUUCCGCCCUAUAAGGCUACGUCACCGAAUAGCUGUUGUACCCGCGAGGCUAUUUCAUUUCAAAAUAGGCUGCUCCGUUAAUGUUUCGAGUAAAUCUACGGAUCAAUAUGGAAGGGAAACAUAGGUAUCUUCUGGAGCAAGACUUUCCUGGUAUGCGGAUUGGACCCGAACCCACCACGGAUGGCUUCAUCGCGGUGAUGUACGGCGACAACGAGGGGAUUGUACCCGGCAACGCCCUGGUGGUGGACCCCAAGAAGCCCUUCAGGAAGCUCAACGCCUUUGGAAACUCGUUUCUCAACAGGUUCAUCUGCUCUCAGAUGCCCAAUCAGGUUCUUCAGAGCAUCAGCAUCAUCGACACGCCGGGGAUUCUGUCCGGAGAGAAGCAGCGCAUCAGCAGAGGUUACGACUUUGCCGAGGUUCUGCGUUGGUUCGGCGAGCGAGUGGACAGGAUCAUCCUGCUUUUUGACGCCCACAAACUGGACAUCUCGGACGAGUUCUCCGAGGCCAUUCGAGCUCUCAAAGGACAAGACGACAAGAUCAGGGUGGUCCUCAACAAGGCCGACCAGGUGGACACGCAGCAGCUGAUGCGGAUCUACGGCGCCCUCAUGUGGUCUCUGGGCAAAGUGAUCAACACCCCGGAAGUGGUGCGGGUUUAUCUGGGCUCCUUCUGGGCCAAACCCCUACAGAACACGGAGAACAGGCGUCUAUUUGAGGCGGAGUCUCAGGACCUCUUCCGGGACAUCCAGAGUCUUCCGAAGAACGCGGCGCUUCGCAAGCUCAAUGAUCUCAUCAAGAGGGCCAGGCUGGCCAAGGUGCACGCUUACAUCAUCAGCUACCUCAAGAAGGAGAUGCCAUCGCUGUUUGGGCGCGAGAAGAAGAAGGAGGAGCUCAUCGCGAGGCUGCCUGAGAUCUAUGCCAUCCUGCAGAGGGAGCACCACAUCAGCCCUGGAGACUUUCCUAACGUCAACAAGAUGCAGGACAUGUUGCAGCACUACGACUUCAGCAAAUUCCCAUCGCUGAAGAUGAAGCUGAUCGAGUCCGUGGACAAGAUGCUUGCGUCCAAGAUCGCCGGGCUGAUGACCAUGAUCCGCGAGGAGGAAACCAAGGUGCCGCCUGCCAUGGUGUCGGGCGGCGCCUUCGAGGGCUCCCAGGACGGCCCCUUCGGCCGCGGCUAUGGCGAGGGCAUCGGCGCCGGCGCCGACGGAGCCGAGGACUGGAUUGUCAGCCGGGACAAGCACCGCUACGACGAGAUUUUCUACACGCUCAUGCCCGUCAACGGCAAAAUCAGCGGCGUCAACGCCAAGAAGGAGAUGAUGAACUCCCGGCUGCCCAACACUGUACUGGGCAAGAUAUGGAAGCUGGCUGACUGCGACCAGGAUGGCAGCCUGGACGACGAGGAGUUUGCACUGGCUCAGCACCUCAUCAAGGUCAAGCUGGAGGGCUACGAGCUGCCGGCCGAGCUGCCCCCACACCUGGUGCCGCCCGCCCAUCGCAAGCACGCCGAGGCUGAGUACGAUCCCGGCGAGGACUAGACGCUCGCACCCAUGCACCCUGACUGACAUUCGACGACAACAGGCACCUGUGUUUAUUUGCUACGCUGCCCGCUCGCUUGAAAUUUUCGGUUCAUCUCAAAAUUAGCAAGUUGGCCAUCAGCAGAUUUUUGGGGAAGGACUCUCGUCUUUUUAUUUGCUGAAAAGGUUUUGUAGUCCAAACAACUCAAGAAGGCCGUGGUGGAGAAAUCAAAAUGUUCCACACAAAUCAUUGCACAUUAGAACCUCAAAGACUUGCCUGGUCGAAUUUCAUUUUUCAUGCAGUGUUCCCAUGUCUGUGGACAAAGUCCUGCCUGUUAAGGAGUUUUCAGAAAUCUUUUGUCAAUAUAGAGAAGGAUUUCCCGAAAGACUUCAUUUCGUUGAUGGUUCAGUCCCUUCAAUCUACGGAAACGACGGACACAAUAAAGUGGUAAGUUUGAGAUGACACAAAAAUAAUAAACUGUAUUCUGCACUCGU